UAACGGUUUGUUUAUUUUAUCAGCUGAUUUUGACAGUGUGAUCUGACAUUCGUGUUUCUUGUUUUCAAUGAAUAAACCAGUUAUUAUAAGUGGUGAGGCUUCUGAAACUGACAGUGAGGAUGAAGCACCAAAAAAAGAGCCUCUGAUUGUGACAGCCCCAAUUCAAGGAGCUGUUAUCACAGGAGAAGAUUCCGAAUCGGAAAAUGAAAACGACGCGAGUAUUUGCAGUGCUGUCUCAGCUCUAAAUGAAGUGAGCUCGCCAAUAAAAAAAGAAAAUUGUGAUAAAUACGACUCACUUUUGCAUCAGAAAUUACGCGAAUGUAACGGAAAAUUGCAUCACGAUAUUGAGUGCUUCUGUCAGAACGUUAUUGGGGAGAAUGGAAAAAAUUUGAUUUCUAUUGAUCAACAGUUGAUAAAAUCUCAACUGACGCUGCAAAAUGCAGUAACGUCGUUGAAGUCUCUUGGCGCAAAUUCACUUUCCAUAAAAAAUAAAUUGCAUUCUUUGCUUUCCGCACAAUUUAUCCCUAACAUUAAAGUCAGCAAGUAAAAUGUAGUCUUCCUAUGUACCCCAAAACUGAAUAGUUUAAUUGUUCUUUUUUCGAAUUAAUUUAAGUGAUGUAAAUCGAUGUAGGUAUUUUAUUGUUAGGGAACAAAAUUUAGCAAAUUUACAGUUAAGGAGUCUGAAUGUCAUUCCGCAAGUCUUCGAUUCGGGUCUCAAUAUUUGUAAUUAUAUUUAGUUGCUGAUAUAAAUAAUUCACAUAA